AUGAUCAAGCUGUGGUCAGUGAAUAAUUUCCUGAUGACGGGCCCCAAGGCCUAUCUCAUCUACUCCAGCAGUGUGGCUGCUGGGGCACAGAGUGGCAUUGAGGAGUGCAAGUUCCAGUUUGCCUGGGAUCGCUGGAACUGCCCUGAGCGGGCAUUGCAACUCUCCAGCCAUGGCGGGCUGCGCAGCGCAAACCGAGAAACUGCCUUUGUCCAUGCCAUCAGCUCUGCAGGUGUCAUGUACACACUGACCCGGAACUGCAGCCUGGGGGAUUUUGACAACUGUGGCUGUGAUGACUCCCGCAAUGGGCAGCUUGGUGGGCAAGGCUGGCUGUGGGGAGGCUGCAGCGAUAAUGUGGGCUUUGGGGAAGCCAUCUCCAAGCAGUUUGUGGAUGCCCUGGAAACUGGACAAGAUGCCAGAGCUGCUAUGAACCUGCACAACAAUGAGGCAGGAAGAAAGGCUGUCAAAGGGACCAUGAAGCGGACUUGUAAAUGCCACGGUGUGUCAGGAAGUUGUACCACACAGACCUGCUGGCUGCAGCUGCCCGAGUUCCGCGAGGUUGGCACUUACCUCAAGGAGAGGUACCACAAGGCCUUGAAGGUGGAUUUGCUGCAGGGGGUGGGGAACAGCGCUGCCAGCCGGGGAGCCAUUGCUGAGACCUUCAGCUCGAUCUCCAAGAAGGAGCUGGUCCAUUUAGAAGAUUCUCCUGACUACUGCCUGGAGAACAAGACGCUGGGGCUGCUGGGCACGGAGGGCCGGGAGUGUCUGAAGAGAGGCAAGGCACUCAGCAAGUGGGAAAAGCGGAGCUGCCGGCGGCUGUGUGGGGACUGCGGGCUGGCGGUGGAGGAGAGACGGGCUGAGAUGGUGUCCAGCUGCAACUGCAAGUUCCACUGGUGCUGUGCUGUGCGCUGUGAGCAGUGCCGCAAACGGGUCACCAAGUACUUCUGUGUCCGCAAAGAGAAGCGGGAGCGGAGCGGGGGUGGCGGGGCCAGCCGCAAGCUCAAAAGGAAGCUCUAACUGCCCCUUGCUCCCCCAUGGUCCUGUCUGCCCCUCCUCUCUUCUUCUUCCCUUCCUACUUCCCUUGGCACCAUUUCCUUCUGGGUUAGUUUUAUCUCAUUUCCAAGCAAGGCCCCUUCAUCCAACAUCACCUCACUGUGUAGCUCGGACAAGGCAGAAGAGCUUCUGCAAUCCCUCAGCCAUGCAGUGCAUUUCCUGGUAAUGCAGUGGCUGAGGACUUCUGGGAAGGCACUUAAGUGUUAACAUAACCAGGUGAGAUUUGGUCCCUUCAGCCCAGGGUCACUCUAUCUAUCCAGUGACUAUAGUUUUACAGCUGAAAAACCAGCUGCCCUCUGUAGCUUCUGCUCUUUUCAGCUUGCCUGCUCCCCAGACUAGUACAGUUUACACUGCUUCAGUCCUUUCAGCAAGUAAGAUCAACACUUGGGAAAGCAACUCAGAUGGCAUCCCCAGAGCACUCAGGGUGGUAGUCCCUAAAAAGACUUCUCAUGCCAUAAAAAAAUUGAAUCCCUCUAAGAAAAAUAGUACUGCCUUUUAUUAAACCCUGCACUAUGAGGAAAAUGUAUGCAACUGCUUCCUGCAGCAAGCCAGCUACCUGGGCAUCACCUCCUGCCUUUUACAGCCUAAUUCAGCUCUCCUGUGCAGCAAGAUUCCAGCUCAUUAAAUAUUUAUCCUAGGAAGGGAUCACGCCACUCGCUUUUUUCUAUGCUUAUUUUGAAUCUUCUAAGCCACCAGUCCUGUCCCCUCUUCUCACCCCAGCCACCCUGACUGAUGCCAUACCAACACUCUCACACUUGUACAGUACACCUUCCCUCCCCAUUUUCUCCCAGAGAGGAACUGGCAGCUGAGCCCAUUCCCCUCCUGGUGUACUUGCUGAGCACUCACCUGUCAACUAACUAACUAUAUACUUCCUCCUAGUCUGAGAAAAAGUCAGUUACUAUUUAAUGGUGUUGUAAAUAGGAAAGUGAAGCACUUUGAAGUUUAAUUUAUUGCACAGUUACUGUGAUGUAUACAUAACAGUUUUUCCUCUACAUCUUAUUGUAUAUAUUCUAUAGGCUAAGCAAGCAGCAGGAAGACUUAGUUGAUGCAUCUCUUUUCCCUUGUCGUGGCUGAGGGCAGGGAGGGGGGAGGCUGUCAGCUGCAGACCCAGGGGAAGCUCACUGCACCCUCAGUGAUGUCCUUGGGCUGUAAAUUUAUAUUCUACUUUGUUGUUUGAAGUAUCUUUAGACAUAUGAGAAGCCAGCAGAGUUAAGUUACUGGCCAUUAGACCUGUCUUGUAGCUAAUAUUUGUAAAGGAAUAGCCAAUGCAAUAAAUCAGUAGCCAAGUGCUUGCAAAACUCCGUCGUGUUCAAUUGCAUGUGUGGAUGCAUGCAGCUACAGCUCUGGAGACUAUAACUGAGCCCCUUGCUCAUCUGUUCAGCACAAAAAGAGCUGAUCAGUUCCCCUACCUCAGCCCCUACCACCAUAAGAGAGGGCUUGCUCUCUCCUGCAACACACCUGAGCCUAGAGGAAAAGGAGGUGGGAGGGAGGCAGAGGGGCCCAGUUACCCAUUUCAGACCCACAGAAGACACUCAGCAGUCUGUAUGAAUCUCAGUUAUCAACUAUCCUCUUCAUCUCUGGUCUACGUUGGUGGAGAUGGGCAUUCAGACCCAGGGCAACCUGAGGUCUUGCCAGAGAAAGAGACUCCACAGCAUGCAGGAAUCCGGCAAAUUUCAAGAAAUCAUCUCAGCCAAUUCUCAGGGUUCCUGUUAACAUGUGGCUCACCACCCUGUCCUCUGCUUCCCCGUGCUGGGGCUGCAUCCUGGGGCAGGAGGGCGAAGAGACACAGAGAGGGCCUGCCUGACAGAGCUGGCCCGAGGACAGGUGUAAGGCACAGAACAGAGCUUCCACUCCUUGCUCUCUGUGCCCCCACUGCCACUGCGUGCCAUACCCCACACAAGCAUCCCGUGCAGGCCGGGGACGAGGCUGGGAUGCACCCACGGGAUGCAGUGAUGCGGGAACGGCCCCCAUCUCCACAUUCCCUGAGCGAGGAGCACGCAGGGAGCACUGCGAGCAGGGCCCCACCAGCACGCAUCGCUUCCUGCGGGACAAAAUGGCGGCAGCGCAGCUGCAAAAUGUGCUGACCUCAGCAGCAGGUCGGGGCCCGGAGAGGUCCCCCUCCCCAGCCCUGAGCAGUAAAGGCACUGCGGCCAUUGUGCGGUGGGAUUGGAUGCUUCCAUGUAUUCAUUUCGGUUUAAUGAAGGCGCAUUCCUCAGAGGAGAAAUAUUUACACUCAGCUUCCCAGGUGGUCACCUUCGCCCAGAUGACACACAAACAGGCACCCCCCGCUCCCUUUUCCAAUCCAAACCUCUUUAGAGGUCUCCAGGAGGAGGGGGGCUGCCGGGGAGAAGAACAGAAAAGGGAACAAAAUGCUAAUAAAUCAGCCAGCCGGCCCUUUUCCCCUCCCCUCUGCGGAGUCAAUGGAAAGUGUCAUUUCACAUGCUAAUCCCCCUCCGCUCUCUUCACAACACCUUUUCCGAAAAGUGUUUGGGAAAAGUCCUUGUGGGCCGCUUACAGCUCCCUGCCGCUUCGGAUUCCUUCUUGUCUAAGGCCGCGGCCCCCGUGUGGGUCUCUCCCUCCAGCAGGGCUCCAUACAAAAAAAAAUCCCAACAAAGACUUUGGAGUUCAUCAGCCUCCCACUGAAAUUCACAGCUGCUGAACAAACUAAUCCCCUCUCUUGGCCUUUCUUCCUUUCAAUGGGUUCUUGGCUUCAAAGACACUUUGGGAAAGGACUUUGUAGGGACUCACACUGCUCCCUCAAUAGAAGUUAGUGCAAGCAUUAUCUUCAGAGCAAGUGGCUUUACAAACAAAUACUGCCUAACAAUCUCUGCCCCUGCAGCUCCCCCAAACACACACAAACCUAGCCCGCAGACAUGAUGUUAUCUGCAACAGGAUUAGAGCCCCGUUCUCCAAGCUCAGGGAACCCUUCCUCCUGCCUCCCUGUUCUUUGUCAACCCAAAGGCCUUCUCAUCACUCAACAGAAAAGGUUUUUUCCACGCUGAGCCGCACAGGGAUGCUGCGGCAGCAUGUGCACGCAUGGGGAGGAAGCAUGGCUGCACACUGGUACCUGCUGCAACUGAAGCAGCGGAACCUGUGAGGCAGCAGAAAGCCCCGGGGCCACAGAGAUGGAGGUCUGCCACCAGCCUCCCUGGGAACUCUGAGCAGGUCACCUCGCUGCCUGGUUUCCCUAACAAAUUUCAGGGAUGGAGCUCACCUGAAGCAGAACUGAGCAACAGUGGGACAGAGGGGACAAGAAAGGACUCGCAGCAAAAGAAGGAUGAAGAGCUGGUCUCUGCAUGAACCCAUGAGUGGCAGGAGCAGUGCAUGCAGGAGGAAACUGAAGUCCAAGGCAUCCAAGAAACACGGAAAAAAAUCUUUACUUCUCAGUGUUACAAGUAGCCUGACUUAAAGAAGCGAAAGGGCUGGGCUGCACAGGUGCUACAAUGAAGUCCAGAAUGGCAGUCUGCCAACUACCAGGUUUGUUAAAUUACCACAAAACACCUAAGAACCCUUGUAUACUCGCUAGGCAAAUGGAUGUCACUGGCUACCUGCUUGCUUGUUCAGCAACAGAAGGGUCGCAACAUUAGUGCAGUCCUUAAUCAUCAGCCUGCACCUCUCUGACAGGGGAAAGCUGGGAGGCAACACUGGCUGCCAACUGCUCCCACUUCGCUGCUGCACCUCUGCAAGUCUCCCUGACACUGAAGCAGAAAUAACAAAGGCUGUUUUUCCCUGAAUGCAUGUACUGUCACUCUAAUACCCUAAAAGCCUCAUAAGCUCUGCUCCCUUCCCUGCAAUGGGUCUUCAAAUUUUUCCCAUCCAAUCUUUUUCAACCUUUACUACUAGCAAGCCCUCUAACCACAAGCUGUGUAAUACAGCCCUGCACGUUUCAGUUUUCUGCCUUCUGAUGGCUGAUCUGUACAAGCAUACUAGCUAGCGACCUAGCAGCAUAUAGAAAGAUUACAGCAUUCUCUCCACUUUAUCUCAGUUCUGAUGUUCCAUUUCAGCCUUCUUACAUCCUUAAAAGAUUACCUGAAAUCAGCCAACAGAUUUAGAAGUUAUUAACUAGAAGCAAGGAUUGACAGUUCAGCUGCAUACAUUUGAUUUCUGCAAAGGUCAGAUCAGCAUGCUAAUUUAAGCGUAACUGCUUUGGUGGCGUAACAGUGACUUCCAACAGGAGAGGAUCUGAUCAGGGGCUCCUUACUUACUGAUGCCUUUCCAACUCCUAAAGUGAAAUAUAAAAUCCCCAAAACCACUGUGAUUCCCCAGGAGAACUCCAGACAUCUCCCAGACCCUCUUGUGCCUGACACAGAUGGAUAGUCACUGCUGAGGACAGUCACUGUAGAACAGAUCUCUGGCCCUGCAGCCCCAGGAGCAGGUAAGGCCUGAAGUCUCACCACACCAGGAUGUUUGCUGCCCAUACCAGCAGAGCCCAUGAUCUGGUUUGCCCCAUACCAUUGAAAACCUGCUCC